AGCGCGGGCCGGCGCCCCCGGCGUCCUCGGCUCCGGUUCCCGCACGGCCCUGGGGGCUGAGGGCUCACCCGGGCGGCGGCGGACGGGAUAGCGGCGUGGGGCCUUCCCGCCCGCCCGUCCCGCAGCGCGGCCUUGCGGCGGGGGCGGGGGGUUUCUGCUCCCCGCGGGGGCGGCCGCUCGGUGCCGGUGACCGGGCAAGCUGCCCCCGCGGCGGGCGCGGCGCUUCGGCCGCUCGGCGGAAAAAUCCACCCGUUUGCGUCCGGUUCGCAGGAAACCCGCGUGAGGCCGCGAGAGAGGGAGGCGCUGCCUCAGCGGCAGCAGCGGCCCGGCGCGCUCCUCCGGGAGGGGGUGAACCCGCUCAGCUCUGGUCUGAGUCACCCGAAAAGCUCCGCAGUAAAGGCAGGAGAACCCGGCCCUCUCUCUGGUUUCUGAACUCGGGGCGUGGGAGGGGGGACGGGAGUUCGGAACCCUUGGCGGCGUUUUGCAGGUGCUCACAGCAAAGCGCAGGGGAGCCGCUUGGUUCCAGGUUACGGGGAGUCAGGCUUUGCGCAGAAACGGGGCACCGGGAGAGCGAGGGGGGUUCCCUCUGCACAGUCGGUCUGUGGCUUUGUCAGCACGACCUGCUGGGCUGCAGCUGCCCAGGAGCCUCGGGAGAGUGGUGUUGGUGUGCAGAGGUGGAAGGCUAACGCUGUGCGAUACUCAGUGUCUGCGGUGGCAGCCAGGGUGUUGCAGCAGCGGGUUUGUUCAGAGCAGCCCCGGGUGGCUCCGUCCCGCGGCUGGAGCUGCAGGUGAGACGUUGUUGGCGGUUCCUGCCUCUCCGGGAACAGCGCGUCCUGCUCCCAGCGCCGCGGCCGGGGUCACAGCUCGCUCGGAAACGCAGGAGGGGUUUUCCUUCCCUGAAUCACGUCAGCCAGCCAAGAACUUUGGUGAUGUAAAGGUUUCCACAGUUGCUUUCCCAGACUAGCGCAGAUGCGCUGGGAAGAACAACGUUGCGGUGGAGCGAGUGAAGCGGCGCCAGCAUGGGCGAGCGGUGGUGCCAGUCCCAGGGGAGCUGCGUUGUGCGCGUCCCGGUGCCAACACGUGCGCGGGGACACGCGUCAUCCCGAGCGCCCUCAGGUGCUGGUCCCAGCUCUGCGGGAGCAUCUCACCUCAAAGGGCAUCGGCGCAGCCUUUGGUCCCGUGCGAAGGUCUCAGGGCCUCCCUGGGCUUGGCUGCAGCCGGCUCAGCCCAUGGUGCUGCCCUGGGCCCCGGGGAGCUGCCCCCGUUUGCUUCCUUGUUGUGCUGCUCCGCUCCCGCACUGUCCCCGCAGCUGGGGCUACUGGGACAGACCCUUUGGCUGCACCGUCAGGGGCAGCACCGAACCGGCUCUGAUGGGAAGGAUUUCCCCAGCAGCAGAUGAAUUCCCCGUGUGAUAAGAACAAGCCCUCCCCUGCCUGCUCGUGGGGCAGCUGUAAAGCCCCAAAGCCCCCGCGCUGCCUCAUCAUGAUCCGGCUGGGGACCCUGAGUGACAAAACUGGCCACUGUGACCUUUCGCAGAGCGAAUUCCCCUGCAAAAAGCACCUCCCGCUGACCUCACUGCUGCGGGACCAGCGGCUGCGCUUCCCCCAACGUCACUGUUUCUCGGUCACACCGAAGCCCGUCGGCCGCCACCUGCGCGGCGCCCCGGCCCGUGCUGUCCCUGCGGUGGCGCAGCCAUGGCGCUCUGUGCCCAGGCUCUGGAGAUCCAGCCAGGGUUGUUUGUUCACAUGGCAGCAGCAAACUCCACUCCACCUGGCUCUUUGGAUCUAAACCAGCCUGGAUUUGCAAAGGAGAUCCUGGGAACUAAACUAGAGGUCAAAUAUCUCUGCUCCGAUUGCAAGAAUAUAUUGAGGAGGCCGUUUCAAGCUCAGUGUGGACAUCGUUACUGUUCCUAUUGCCUGAAGAAAAUUAUAAGCGCUGGACCUCAGAAGUGUGCCAGCUGCAUUCAGGAGGGAAUAUACGAAGAAGGAAUUUCUAUUUUGGAAACAAGCUCGGCUUUCCCAGACAACGCAGCCCGUCGGGAGGUGGAAAGUCUGCCCGCUGUCUGCAUUAACAGUGGCUGCACGUGGAAGGGGACGAUUAAAGAAUACGAGGCUCACGACGAGGUCUGCCCUGAAUUUCCACUGACGUGCGAAGGCUGCGGGAAGAAGGUUCCAAGGGAGAAGUUUCGGGACCAUGUGAAGACUUGUGGCAGAUCUAAAGUGCCUUGCAGAUUUGAGGUUGUCGGAUGUGCCGAGGUGGUGGAAAAUGAAAAGCUACCAGAACACGAAAGCAAGUGCUUGGCGGAGCAUCUGUACAUGCUGCUGAGUUUUGUGCUCAGCCUCAAGGCUGGUUCUGGAGACCUAAAGCCCCUCCCUGCCCUUUCCUCAUCACAAACCAGCUCCCCGUUACUGGCAGCAAACUCUCUGUGCUCGGAGUCUGAGCUCUCCAGGUCCCUGGAGCUCUUGGGGAGGUGCGAGGCCCUCGAGAGGAAGACGGUGACCUUCGAGAACAUCGUCUGCGUGCUCAAUCGGGAAGUGGAAAGAGUGUCUCUGACAGCCGAAGCCUACAGUCGGCAACAUCGGCUGGACCAGGAGAAAAUCGAAACGCUCAGUAACAAGGUCCGGCAGCUGGAACGGAGCAUCGGCCUCAAAGAUCUGGCCAUGGCCGAGAUGGAGGAGAAGAUCCGCAACAUGGAAGCAUCCACCUACGACGGUGUUUUCAUCUGGAAGAUAACGGAGUUUGCCAGGAAGCGUCAGGAGGCAAUAACAGGCCGCUCUCCUGCCAUCUUCUCUCCAGCUUUCUACACGAGCAAGUACGGCUACAAGAUGUGUCUGCGCGUUUACCUGAACGGGGACGGCACCGGGCGCGGGACCCACCUGUCCCUGUUCUUUGUGGUGAUGAAAGGACCCAACGAUGCCCUUCUGCGGUGGCCCUUCAACCAGAAGGUAACCCUGAUGCUCCUGGAUCAGAACAACCGCGAGCACAUCAUCGAUGCCUUCCGGCCCGAUGUGACAUCCUCCUCCUUCCAGCGACCCGUCACAGAAAUGAACAUUGCCAGCGGCUGCCCGCUGUUCUGCCCCGUCUCCGUGAUGGAAGCCAAGAACUCCUACGUGCGUGAUGACGCCAUCUUUAUUAAAGCCAUCGUGGAUCUCACGGGCCUCUAACCCUGCUCGCCGCCGGGAGCAGCGAACGCGGAGCCAGCCCCGAGCGGGACAUCCCCUCUUGUGCUGCACUUCAGGCAGGUCUCGGAGCGAGGAGGGGGCAAAAAGCAGAAGGGGAAAAGCCCUUCCCAAAAAGGGACCUUCGCUCUGAGUGGAAACGAGGUGUCUGAUGGGAAAGGAACCCUCUUCCCUGGUGUCAGAGACCUUCCCUGAGAAGAGGUUUGGGUGGACGUUCACAGUCUGCAGGGAGCAAGAUCUGCAGGGACUUGGGUGUCUGAACUGCUGCUGUCUGGGCCGCCAGUGGAAACCAGAUCAGCUUUCGCUCUACCAGUUUAGUGCACGUCCUCAGUGCUCUGUAGUAAAACAAGGGUUUGGUCUGUCCCAGCGCCACCUCGUGUGGACACCUGGCUCAGCUGGCAGGAUUUUCCUCAGAGAUCUCUGUGUGUGCCACAGGGCUGCUGUCACUGGCUGGCCAGUGCCUUGGUGGAUGGGAAGGGUGCAUGGCAGACACGGUGCUGAGUGGUUUGUUGUUGAUUCAAUGGCAUCAGUGUCUGCAGAGGGUGCUGAGCUGUGUGGAGGCGGGCGGUGCAGCUGCCUGCGAGGGAGUGACUGUCCCUGCGGAGCGCCCGUCCUGUCCCGGGACAGGAGGCGGCACAGGGCUCGGUGAGGACUUCAGCCCCUGAGCCCGGGGAGCCCCAGGCGGGUGUUAUCCAGGUGCUGCCGUUCUCUGCCUGCCAGUGCCCGAGUCGCCGCGGGCAGGAUGGUGGCGGUGCUGGAAGCUGCCGGUGCUCUCACACAGAUGCUCCUGAGCUGGCGUUCAGCCCCGUCUGGGGCGGCUGCAGCAGUGCAGGCACACGGGCCUUCCCGGGCCCUCCCGGCCACUGAACGCGUACACGGCUCUGCUGCGCCGGCCGCCUGCACGGGCCCUCUCACCUGCGGCUGUGGCACCGCGGGACGCAGCACCAGUCCCUGCUGCUGGCGGGCCCUGCCGCUCCCGAGCUGCCCCCCGCAGCGGCAGCCUCCCCGUCCUCCCUGGGCUCGGGGAGCAGCCGGUUCCCAGCCGUGGCAAACCGGAGUGCUCGCUCUGCUCAGACACUGAGGUAGGACCUGGGCUGGCUGGAGAAGUCCCUGAGUGAAGCUUGCUGUCCCUUCUGUCCCUGGGCUGCUGGCACUGCUCCGUUUGGGGUAGCAAGUGUUCAGCAGCCGUGGGGUCUCUGUGGAGAAGAAACUGCUGCCCUGUCCCUGUGUCAUGGGCGGCUGGUCCCUCGGGAGUUGUUUCAUCGUGGCCGUGAGUGGCUGGAUGGGCGAUUUGCCAGGCUGGACUCUCCGGGCUUUGCCGCCUUCUCUGCCUGUGCCUCCCUCACCAACCGUGCCACAGGGAGGUUUUGUUGGUCACAGGAGCCGGUUGCUGCCCCCACCUUGCACUAACAGUCCAGGGCCCAGUCCGGCUGUGGGAGAAUGGGCAGCGAGGCUGGAGCGCAGUCACCUUCCUCCUGGCCGUGGGUCACCUUCCUUGUGCUCCUGGCUGCCCUGGGUCGCCCUCAGCCGGGAGCAGCAGUUGCUGGGCCUGGGAGAGCAAGGCCUGGACGCCCUUUCUGUCGGCAGCUCCCAGCCCCAGCCGCUGGACGCAGAGCCCGUCUGCUCCUGCUCUGCUCCGGCACGGCUGCGUGGCCACCUUGGUGGGGACAGGGACACUGUCAGUGGAGAUGAGCUGGUGCUCGGGGAGCCCUGCCAAGUCUGGCUGUCCCUGAUCCUCGCGGUGACGCUGCCCUGACCGCUGACUCCUGGGUGGUUCUGGUGUCCCCGCUGCUGCCAGGGGAGCUCAGGGGUGCCUGAUGUCCUUCCGGCUGGCGGGCAGCUGAGCUGGACCCUGACCCGAGUGGCCCUCCUGCCCCCAAGGGUGCUGUGCUGGCCAGGGGCUCUCCCUGCCUGUGGAUGAGUCCCUUCCAAGUCUCUGUGUGGGUCCUGUGGUACCUGUUGUGUGCAGAGGCCAUGGCUGGGGGCAGAUAGAGGCCGGGGGCUGUGCCAGUGGGGCUGGGGGUGCCUGGGAUGGGGGUGGCUGAGAUGGGGGUACCAGCUGGGCUGGGAAACCUCUUGGCACGUGUGCUGCAAACGCAAAGGUGAGGGCUGCAGUGCGGACAGGGCCUGCCCGGUUCUCACCGGGGCAGCGGGUGCGUGUCUGCGCGGAGCAGCCCCAGCAGAGGAUGGAGCCAGCCCGGUGCUGCCGCGCUUGCCCUCGGGCCUUAGGAGGAAACAGAAAGCCUGAGCAGCAGCUCUGUGGGGCCAGGCCCGGGAGAGCCCUGGAAAGGGGCAGGAAAAUCAGCUCUGCUCGUGUAACAGCUGGGAAUUCAGCCUGGGGGAGGGAGGGGAAGCUCGGUCAGAGCUGUUGUGAAUGUCUUUGCUCUCGGGGUGCUGGACACUGCAGCCGGGCCCAUUCCUGCGGAGACACGGGCUCAGCUGGGGGUCUGGGUGGCUUUUGGGGGUGGGCGCGGGUCCUCCCGCCGCAGCAGGUGCCGUGAAGGUUGCAGGGGAAGAGUCUGUGCUGUGAGCAGAGAUCAGGCGCCCCUUCCAGCCUGCGGGGGGACACGGGGCUGCGCUGCUGUCCGGGGGCACAGGGCAGGUGCUGGCACAGCGAGCCAGCCCUGGGACAGGACCUGGUGCCAUGGUGUUCCUGCGCCACAUCGCUGAGGCAGAUCCGGUGCUGCCAGUGUCACCUCAGCCUUGUUUCAUUUUCUAGCAGCUCGGAGCGCGCAGCGUUGGCUGCAGCAGCUCCUGGGGGGACGGCGCCUCCCUGGGCACGGCUCUGCCAGCCUGGCUGGCACACGGGCAUGUGGCACAGGCCAGCACUGGGUUUUUUGGUUUCCCCUUUGACGUCCCCUGUCAGAGAACACCUGUCUCAGCCCGGCACUGGGAGGUACCUUUUGUCUGUUUUUUGUACCUUGAGGUCAAACCCCACUAAUAAAAGCGGGAAGAGCGUCA